CAUACAGCCCCUAUUUUUUUUUGUACUAGUAGCGCCCUUUUAGUAAUUGUUUUUGAAAGAUUGGUGUCGAAAUGAGUACUUUCACUUUCGUUGAUAUCAUGUGUAGUUGCGUUGUCCCUAUGUGCCAAUUAUAUGUAUCAUUAAUGUUUGGGGUCGGCUCGAGCCACAGUUUUCCUGGAUAAGGUUGUUUUUGUUGUUUUUGUCACCUUUACCAUAUAUCGAAUGGUAGCAAAUGGUAUGAAGUGGUAAGUAUGCAUUGAGUUUGUCCACUUCGUCGAGCUUAUCGAUCCUAUUCUUCUACUCAAAUAAUUAAGAGGUUGGAAGUGAGUCAAUACACAUACAGAUUGUUAGUAUAAUGACCGACACAGAUGUUAAGCUGCGAGUUCGCGAUCAAGUUGUGUGUGUGUCUAGGCAAUGCAUUGUGGAAAGUCCUUGGCGGCUGUCGCUAAUGUUCGACGUUCCCUGGGAGAAAAUGUCUGGACACUACUAUGUCAACGCUGAUCCAGAAAGCUUCCGAAAAGUGGUCAGCCUGUUGGAAGGGUAAAAAAGACUGGAAGACGUCGUGAGAGCUUCGACACCAGCACAGAUGCUACGACUUCGCGAGACGUCUCAGUCUCUCAACUGUGAAGUGCUCGAGAAACGCGUACAGCGCGUCAUUCGAGAUUAUGAUAGAGUCAUGUAUAAGCACUAACAACUUUCUUGACUGCACAGGGUGUGGUGUGUAUUAAAGUGUACAACAGUUUUUAAUGGUAAUAAUUUACGAUGCUACAAAAUGAGAUAUUUCAUUUUACCUGAGGAUCAAAAAGGCAAUCGGAUUUAAAGUUCAAUGCUACUGGAUUUAAUAAACCGUUGUCGAACUCU